UUGCGCAAUGCAAACUACCUUGAAAGUUGAAAUUGCAAAUGCCACUGUACGUCGAGAAAUGAGAAUUAAAGCGCAAAAUUUUGUUUGCUGGAGCCACUGGUUCAUCGUCGUCGAAGAGUCGAAGGGGCGAGAGAGAGAGAGAGAGAGAGCAGUGAGGAGGGAGAGAUAGCCUACGCCCCUAAGCUGCAAUUGCAGCUGGAAUGGUUUUGAAAAUUCUUUCUCUGCCUUCAAGUCUGCGAGUGUGAUUUUCGAAGAGAACUGUAGUUCCAGAGAGAGGGAGAGAGAUGGAGAGAGUAGGUACAGAAGCUCAGAGGUACGUAUGGGAGGGGGCGAUCCCUCUGCAGAUUCAUCUCCACGAUUCCGAAGUUACAACGCUUCCUCCUCCUCCGCCCGCUCUGAUCUUAGCUCCUCGGAUAGGGUAUCUGCCUUUGUUAGUUCCUCACAUAAGGCCUCUUUUCAGCAGCACACUUCCUCCUGGGGCAGACACUGUUUGGUUUGAUUACAAAGGUCUGCCCCUGAAAUGGUAUAUACCAACUGGAGUUCUUUUUGACCUUUUAUGUGCAGAGCCAGAAAGACCUUGGAAUCUUACGGUACAUUUUAGAGGUUAUCCGGGAAAUAUUUUGAUCCCCUGUGAAGGUGAAGAUAGUGUUAAGUGGAGCUUUAUUAAUUCGUUAAAAGAGGCUGCAUAUAUAAUUAAUGGGAACUGCAAGAAUAUUAUGAACAUGUCCCAAUCUGAUCAGGUGGAGCUUUGGCGCUGUGUGUUAAAUGGUAACUUGGAAGGUUAUCUUCGGAUUUCAUCUAAGCUUAAACUUGGGACAGUUGGGGAUGAUUAUACUGUGAAUCUGAAUUUGUGCUCAUUGAAAUCUCAACAAAGCACAGCUGAGGCAGAUACUACUGGACCAGCUAAGACAGGUAGAAUUCCUGUUCGGUUGUACGUUUGGAGUGUUAGUGAGGAUUUUGAUGAUUUAGAAGACGCGCCUCAAAUUGAUAGCUGGGACAAAGUAUCUUGCAUAAACCGACCCAUUGACAUUCACAAAGAAGAAGGUAAAUGUUUUACGUUGGGGGAUGCAUUGAGAACUCUACUGCCGGAACUCUUUACGAAGAAACUUUUAAGGAAUGAAGUAUCGAGAGCAGAAGUUGGAGAGGAGCAGGGAAUCUGUUUGGAAGAUGGAAGCAGCAUCAGAAAUGUGGAAGAGAUGGGAGAAAAAUCGUAUGAACAUGCAGAGUCCUGCUGCCCCAGUGAUAAUGCUGAAGUUAAGUUCAUCCGCAUCCAGGGUAUUGAACCAAAACUAGAGACACCGUUCUCGUGGACGGUUAAGAACUUGAUGAACCCUGAGCACUUCCUUCAUAUUUGUAUGUGUGUCAAAGUUUUACCAGCAAGUACAUGUGAUAGAUGACAUCCCCAUUUUGUUCAUCUGAUUCUCACAGAUCUUGCGUUUUCUGUAUCCGACGACCAAACACCAUUUGCUGUAUAGAAUUGUACAGGACAUUUACAUUGAUUUAUUUUCAUCAUCUCUUUAGAUUUCAA